AUGUCUUCUCUCUCUCGACGUGCUUGCUACAAGUGUGGCAAUGUUGGCCACUACGCUGAGGUCUGCUCUUCUGCUGAGCGUCUCUGCUACAACUGCAAGCAGCCCGGCCACGAGUCCAACGGAUGCCCUCUUCCCCGAACCACCGAAGCCAAGCAGUGCUACCACUGCCAGGGUCUAGGCCACGUCCAGGCUGACUGCCCUACUCUCCGCCUCAGCGGUACCGGUACCAGCGGUCGAUGUUACAACUGUGGCCAGCCCGGUCACCUUGCUCGCGCUUGCCCCAACCCUGUCGGUCCUGGCCCCAUGGGUCGCGGCGCUCCCAUGGGCCGUGGUGGUUUCCCCGGUGGCUACGGCCGAGGUGGCUUCGCUGGUGGCCCUCGUCCUGCUACUUGCUACAAGUGCGGUGGUCCUAACCACUUUGCUCGUGAUUGCCAGGCUCAGGCUAUGAAGUGCUACGCCUGUGGCAAGCUCGGCCACAUCUCCCGAGACUGCACCGCUCCCAACGGUGGCCCUCUCAACACUGCCGGAAAGACCUGCUACCAGUGCGGUGAAGCCGGCCACAUCUCUCGCGACUGCCCCCAGAAGAACGCCCCCGGUGUUGGUGCCGUUGGUGCCGUUGGUGCCGUUGGCAACGUUGGCAACGUUGGCGAGAUUCCUGCCGAGGUCGACAUCGGCAGUGUUCCUGCCCCCCCGGUUGCUUCUAUUGCUCCCGUGGCUUAG